AUGUCUCUCUCUCUCUCUCUCUCUCUCUCCCUCUCUUUUUUUCCCUCUAAUUCUUACUUCCAAUCUAUCUAUCUAUCUAUCUAUCUAUCUAUAUAUAUAUAUAUAUAUAUAUAUAUGUAUCCCAGUUUCUAUCUAUCUAUCUAUCUAUCUAUCUAUCUAUCUAUCUAUCUAUCUAUCUAUCCCAGAUUGUUUCUAUCUAUCUAUCUAUCUAUCUAUCUAUCUAUCUAUCUAUCUAUCUAUCCCUGUCUGUUUCCAUCUAUCUAUCUAUCUAUCUAUCUAUCUAUCUAUCUAUCUAUCUAUCUAUCUAUCUAUCUAUCCCACUUCUAUCUAUCUAUCUAUCUAUCUAUCUAUCUAUCUAUCUAUCUAUCUAUCUAUCUAUCUAUAUAUCCCAGUUUGUUUGUAUCUAUCUAUCUAUCUAUCUAUCUAUCUAUCUAUAUAUAUAUAUAUAUAUAUAUAUAUCACAGUUUCUAUCUAUCUAUCUAUCUAUCUAUCUAUCUAUCUAUCUAUCUAUAUAUCUAUAUAUAUAUAUAUAUAUCCCAAAUAUUCAUCUCUCUCUCUCUCUCUCUCUCUCUCUCUCUCUCUCUCUCUUUCUCAUGCUCUUGUUUUUUAUUCUUAUUGUGUCUUUCAAUAACCACUCUCUUCACUCUCUCUCUAACCUCUGAAUCUAUCUAUCUAUCUAUCUAUCUAUCUAUCUAUCUAUCUAUCUAUCUAUCUCAUGUUGUUCAUUUUGUAUCUAUCUAUCUAUCUAUCUAUCUAAUCUAUCUAUCUAUCUAUCUCCGCCUGUGCAUUUUCUGUCUAUCUAUCUAUCUGUGUUUUUUGGCCUUUUUUUUAAUUUCUGAAUCUAUCUAUCCACCUAUCUGUCUAAAAAUUUGUGUUUGUGUGUAUGCGUGUGCACGUUGCUCUUUUUCUUAA